CCAUUCGCUAACCACCACCUUCGCAACAUCACCAAGCGACAACGCAAUUUUCAACCAAUGUCAGAACCCGGUCCGUCCGCGUCGAGCACUGCUAGUCGUGACAGAGGCCGGGGAAAAUCACGAGGUGGCUUAGGAAAAUAUCUUCGAGCUCGUGGCCGAGGUCGCGGGUACGGUCGACCUGCAGAAUUCCACCAACGACUGGUCCUAGAAGGCGAAGCACCAGCCGAAGAAGAUGAUGAAGAAAGGGCCGAGAGAGAGCGCAAGUUUUCGAAGAGACAUUUGGGAACCAAUGCAGACAGAUAUGCUGAACCGGAGCCAGAGCUCGAUUCUGAUGGCGAACCAAUAGUUGAACCAGAGGUAGACUUAUCAUCGUUCCUGGGGCGACAAAGGUUGUCCGACAACCCGGAGUCGACAUUGUCUGGCGAUGAUGACGAUGUAGAUCAUUCACUGGCGCAUAUAUCCUCCCGUGGCAUAGGUUCGGAAGCACCGACACGCAAAGGAAAAGUCGAGCAGAUCGCAUGGGACGACGAGCUUGAUGAAUUGUCAAGAGAAAAGGCGGUUGCUGACGCUAAUCGAGACCUCAAAUCUCGUUUUCGUGCAAAAUCGGAACGACUGCGAAAAAGGCCUAUCGCACCCACCGCUCGAGAACGAAAACAAGCGUCCUAUGUUAAAGCCCCGGCAUUACCUCUAGCGGAAGGCGCUACACCCAAGGACCCGAAAGCCGAUAUGGAAGAUUUUCUUGAUGACCUUUUAGGCUGACUGUGGCCUGUUGGGAGAGAGGAAGCGCACUAGCGCAGGCCUACCUGACUUCAUAUGGUACAGUGAUGAGAACUUGAAUAGCGUUCGGCUUUGAAUCUAGAGCUGAGUCCCACCGCUCUUCCAGUUCCUAGCAAGUCACAAGAAGCUACACUACCUGUAGUGCUCGCGAGUCCUUAUCUUAUCGAAUGUUUGAACUCGAUAUGCAAGGAAACGUUCCACGCUCGCUACUACUACGACUAGUACACGGCAACAGACGCCCGUGGCUGUGCGCUUGACCCUGGGUCAGCCUCAGCUCAACCUC